GUCCCUCUCCCAAAUGUCUAAAGGCGUCACGAGAAACACAGUUUUUUUCAUCGGUCAAAAGUAACUUUCAUUAAUUUGUCAAAGAAAAAUCAAGCGCUUUAAAAAAAAUUAGGUAUACCUAUAGAACUGUCUAUCUUUACACAUUAGAAAGUAUUUUCUUGUCAUGAAUUAAAUGCAACCGGUCCAGCAUAGAGUGAUACGUGUUUCCCUUUGUGAGAGGAGUGUUUAUUGUGAAACGCCGGACUGGGCUAUAGCAUUACUUCAGUAAAAGGGAAUUGUAACCUCAAGUCCUCCACAAAUCAAACGACUUGAUCAAAAUACAUGCAGUGCAAUGGAUAUUAAAAGUCAUUCUGAGGCUGGGAAUGGUAGAGACCCCGAUGUGGUUUAUGUGUACAGUCCCGAGUACAUCGAUACAUGCGACUCUCUUUCCAAAGUACCUAAAAGGGCAAGCAUGGUUCAUUCAUUAAUUGAAGCAUAUGGCUUGCUUAAACACAUGAGGGUAGUAAAGCCCCACACUGCAACGAUGGAGGAGAUGGCAGCCUUUCACACUGACUCCUACCUGGAGCACCUGCACAAAGUCGGGGAGGAGGGAGAUGAUGACGACCCCAAGUCUAUAGAGUAUGGCCUGGGUUAUGACUGCCCUGCAACAGAAGGUAUUUACGAUUAUGCUGCAGCAGUAGGCGGGGCCACGUUAACAGCUGCCCAGUGCUUGAUCGACAGGACGUGUAAAGUGGCAAUCAACUGGGCAGGAGGCUGGCAUCAUGCAAGAAAAGAUGAAGCCUCCGGGUUUUGCUACAUUAACGAUGUAGUUCUUGGUAUUUUAAGACUACGGGAGAAAUACGAGAGAGUUUUAUACGUGGAUGUGGAUUUGCAUCAUGGGGAUGGUGUGGAAGAUGCAUUUAGUUUCACCUCCAAAGUCAUGACGGUAUCGCUGCACAAAUUUUCUCCCGGAUUUUUCCCAGGUACUGGAGAUGUGUCCGACACGGGGCUUGGGAAAGGAAGGUGGUAUGCUGUUAAUGUUCCCCUGCAAGAUGGAAUUCAAGAUGACAAAUAUUACCAAGUCUUCCAAAGUGUGCUGACAGAGGUACAUGCAGCCUUUAACCCUGAAGCUAUAGUCUUGCAGCUGGGUGCAGACACGAUGGCAGGGGACCCCAUGUGCUCCUUCAACAUGACCCCAGUGGGAGUGGGAAAGUGCCUGCAGUAUGUUCUACAGUGGGAGCUUCCAGCUCUAAUAUUGGGAGGAGGAGGGUAUAACCUUGCCAACACUGCCCGAUGCUGGACCUAUCUGACUGGCACUGUCCUCGGCCAAACGCUCUCCUCUGAGAUUCCGGAUCACGAGUAUUUUACGGAGUUCGGCCCUGACUAUGUACUGGAGAUCACCCCGAGCUGCCGACCUGACCGCAACGAGUCUCAGCAAAUUCAGCAGGUCAUCAGCUCCAUUAAAGGGAAUCUGAAGAAUGUGGUUUAAGAGUGGAACGCGGAUCAUAUUUCCUGAACAGGGAGGCCGUGCUAAUGAAGACAGUAUGUAGAAGUUAUCGCCGGAGGGGGGAAAUUUGGAAAACAUUACUUGAAAGUUUCCAAGGACUUUUAAUGGGAAAACCAGCUAACUGAUUUUUUUUUUUUUAACCAUUUUACCCAGUUUUUUGGACUUUCGUCACUUUUUUGUGACAGUAAAUGUCGGCCUGCAAGCUGUUCUGAUUUUAAAAGUAUCUAGUACUGUUUUAAGACUUCAUGAAAUACUGUAUGUGUUAUCUCACUUAACAUCAUUUUUCUGUCACUUUUAUGCACCUUCAUUGUCAAGGGCAGUCAAAAUGUAUGGGUAGUUUCACCCUGAUUUCCUUUGCAAGGCAUGCAGUUAAGUUAGAAACUAUCAUCAAAACAGUGUAUUUACUGCCUAGAAAAUCUCAAACAAAGAGAUAAACCCAUAGAUUUAAGCAAAGUUCUGUCUAGUCCCUUUCUUGGAGUUCGAAUGGAAGUUCUGGAGUAAAUGACAGUUUAAUGUUGGUAAGUUUAAUCAAGACCCAUCUUCAGUUUGUAUGAAAGCCGUUUUCAUUUUAGAAUCCUGUGUAGAUCAUUAUGUGCCAAAACAUGAGUACUCUUUAAGCAACUGGAUGUAAUAAUGAGUUUCUGGGAAAGAGGCAUAAUUUGCGUGUACUCAGUAUAGACUUGCUGAACUGGAAGAUGAAUACACUUUAGGCUGUCUUACCAGCUGGUCCUGAUGCAGCUUAGUUGAGGCUGUCUGUGAAGAGGUUAUCAGGUCUGUGUGUCUCUUCAUGUACAGCUGGAGUACAUUAAACAAGCCACACUGGUCAUGUGAUUGCACUUCUCUCAAAUGUUUGGAAGAAGUGUAUUCCCAAUAGAAUCCAAUGGCUCUAAACACCACCACUGAGAUGAUGACUUAUCCUUUAAAAUCUCUUUUAAAUUUGUGAAACCUAAAUGGGGACAGACUGGGGCAAAGGUAGCGUGUGGCUGUUUCCAGUAGACAAAUGCUGAAGGGCUUGAGCGGCUGGAGGCUAAUUUAUUGGGUUUUUAUUACUUUUAAGUGGUGGUGUUGUGUUAACAAAAACAGCAGUGUACCUGGCUCAAAACUUUUGCAGCAGUAAACUUCCUGACUGACAUGAACCGUGCGAUCUGCACCUCGUUCAUGGGGGAACAAAAAGAAAAGAAGUGGGCUUUCAUGCUGUAUUUAAUUCUAAAGCCGUCUCCAACUUAGUCCUUUAAAAAAAUGGUUUUGCCAGUGUAGAGCUAUGCUUUGAAUGAAAUGUGAAAACCACAAGCAGGCUGUGUGGUCCAGUGGUUAAAGAAUCGGGCUUGUAACCAGGAAAUCCCACCUCAGCCACUGACUCAUUGUGUGACUCUGAGCAAGUCACUUCACCUCCUUCUGCUCCGUCUUUCGGGUGAGACGUAGUUGUAAGUGACUCUGCAGCUGAUGCAUAGUUCACACACCCUAGUCUCUGUAAAUCGCCUUGGAUAAAGGCGACUGCUAAAUAAACAAGCAGCCAGGUUGCAGCAGGGCACUAGGUUGCAUUGCAAUGUUGACAAUUUAAUCUCCACCUUUGUGUAUAAAUAUACUCGGAUGCCUUUUUUUGCAUCCACUGGGACUGCGUUGAAUGCCAUUUUAAAACAUGUUCCUAUCAGCAGUAGAGAGUGAUCAAACCGGUUUCAACUGGGGCUCUAGUGAGGGUGGCUGGUAGAAAAAAGAGUGACCAAAGAAAUCAGCAUAUAUGUAUCAGCUCUAGCAACGAAAAGGCUGCUUUUUAAAUAACGGGGCAAUAUCAGCAGUUUUUUUUAUUGGUACCGUUUGGAUUGUAGACUAUUUGAUAUUGGAAUGAGAAAAGAUCUGCCUUAACAACCUGUUUCAUGGUACAGAUAGAAACAGCAGAAUUGACACACAGGACAGCGUCUGCCACAGCAUCCUGGUAGCAAAGGCUCAGUAACCCUACACUGCUAACAGCAUUGAGGAGUUCUCACAUGGACUUCCUGCUGAGCCCAUGAAGACUUUAAUUAAUUUCAUCCUCCGUUUAUAAAUACUGUAUUGACUAAGAAUACAAAUAGCUGCAUCAAAGCAAGAUAAAUAUUAACAAAAAGGUGCAAUCUUUAGUAUCACCCAGCAUUAAGGUUCCAAGUGUAAAUGAUCAAUUAGACAUAGUGUCAUGAAGGAUAGUUCUACCUGGGGAUGACUCCUAGUACUGUACUACUAAAAUCCUGCUUGUUUUUUUACUACUGAUCAAAAACGGUUAGGUUGUAAAGAGCCCCUGUGCAUUUUUAAUGAAUUCUUUGUGUUUUUAUUUUACAUGUGGCUAUUGUUAAGUGUAUAAGCUGUUUGAAAUUGACUUCAUUUAUCAUUUUAGCAAACAUGUUUUUAACUUUGUAACUGUUGAUUUUUAAACUGACAACUGUUCUCUACUGUAAAUAGUAUUCUUCUGAAAGUCUUUGUUUUGUUUUUUUUCUGCUGUUGACUAUUGAAGCCACAGAACGGAACUGUUAGGAUUGGUUGCUAAUUAAUGUUUUAACUCACUUUUUGCGAUAAUUACAGUACUCAGUGAUACAUUCUGUAUUAAAUGCGAUUUAGUUUAAUCAAUUAAUAAAAGACAAAUGGGCUGUGUAGGUCCAUUCCUCUUUAUAUAGCUAGUGCCCAGUCUGUCCUGCCAGGCUCUUUCACAGUGACCCAGCAGUAUGACUGAGUGACAGUCUUUAUCCCACCUCUGUGCCCCCUAGAGCUUUUUUUUUUUUUUUUUUUUUUUUUUUUUUUUAAAUAUUCCUCGUUUUUUGUGGUGGCUGUGGUCAUGGCCGUUUGUAACUGUCAUGUAGGGGGGUAGCAAAGCACCUACAGUAUCAGACCCCUGGAGACAUAUCAGGCAUUCUGCAGGGCGAUCCAGAACUGUUUCCAAAGCAUACUUUUAUACUGCAUACUAGUACAGCAUCUAUCUAUGAUUGAGUUUAUGAAGAAUCAUUUGUAAAGUGUAUAUAAUGCUUGCAGAUAUGUUUUUGUAGUAUUCUGGUAUACACUGUUAUCCAGUAUUGGUAGCCAUGACAGGUUUUAUUUUGAUGCAUUAUAUCCCAUUUCUAUUUCUUGUUCAGUCUGGUGAAUGGAGAUCUAAAAUUUUAAUGCCCAUUAUAAAACAAUGCCCAUUAUACUUCCAUUGAGUCGUUACCUCGGAAAGCAGAAUCAUUUAAAACUGAGUCCAGUUGAACAUGUGUUUCCCGUGGAAAACCUCACCCACGAACAUCCAGGAAGAACUCCUCAAUGUGCUCAAGGAGGAAUGGCAAUUUAUUCUACAAAACCAAGAGCUAUGUCAACUGGAGCUCCCCACAACACUGCUGACCAUUACUGAGCAUCAAAGCAAGACAUUCACUUUUUUGUUACCUACAAACCGAAUGUUUUGGUGAACUUCAUUUCUUAGUAUCAAACAACUAUAAAUAAAUGUGUAUACUUAA